GUGUUAGGGUUUUGCAUGAGCGGAAGCAGAAGGAGGAGAAAGAGGCAGAGCAGAAGCAAUGGCGCCGAAGAAGCCGAGAGUGACGAGGAACCCCGAAUUGAUCAGGGGAAUCGGGAAGUACUCGAGGUCGCAGAUGUACCACAAGAGGGGCAUCUGGGCCAUCAAGGCCAAGCACGGUGGCGCUUUCCCUCGUCACGAUCCCAAGCCCAAGCCCCACGCUCCGGCCCAGAAGCCGCCCAAGUUUUACCCCGCCGACGAUGUCAAGAGACCCCUCGUCAACAAGCACAAGCCUAAGCCAGCCAAACUCAGGGCUAGUAUUACUCCUGGGACAGUUUUGAUCUUGCUUGCUGGGAGAUUCAAGGGAAAGAGGGUUGUUUUCCUGAAGCAGCUUCCAUCUGGGUUGCUUCUUGUAACAGGUCCCUUUAAGAUCAAUGGAGUUCCUCUCCGAAGGGUGAACCAAUCAUAUGUCAUUGGUACAUCUACAAAGGUGGAUAUCUCUGGUGUCAAUGUUGAUAAAUUUGAUGACAAGUACUUUGCCAAGGAAGCCAAGAAAAAGAAAACCAAGGGAGAAGGCGAGUUCUUUGAGGCAGAGAAGGAGGAGAAAAAUGUGCUUCCCCAAGAAAAGAAAGAUGACCAAAAAACUGUGGACACUGCUUUGUUAAAGGCCAUUGAGAGUGUUCCAGAUCUGAAGUCUUACUUGGGUGCUAGGUUUUCUUUGAAGGCAGGAAUGAAGCCCCAUGAGUUAGUCUUCUAGAGUGCUAAAAUUAUUCUCGUCAUUCUGUAUUUUGUUGAGCUUGUUGCUAAUAGUUGUACUGCUUUUUCAUCGUUGUAAUGAACAUUUUUCAAGAGUUUUUUCUUCCAAAUUGGAUCUAGUACUUGUAUUCUUCUAUAGUUUCUAUCUCCCCACCACUCUAUCCCUUAAAAAAAUUAAAAAAACCUCAAGAUGUCAGUGCUUUUUACGAUUAUUGAUAAUCGAUUGUGAUGUUA